GCCGUUAACGGGGCACCUGAGUCUCGCGAUGUUUGACCCGUUAGUCGGUGGGGACAAACGAGAUGUUGGGAUGGGAUGAUGAGAGAUCUCUACGCAGGAGAAGAAGCAGACGCUGAGCGGAAUCCGUAGACUAAGAACGGGAGGACGAGGCUGACUCACUGCUGGUGAGGCGGAAGGUCUGGAGAGGGAACGACAGAGGAGGAGGAGGUGGAGGAGGAGGGGAAGAAGAAGAAGAAGAAGAAGGGAGGGAGGCACAGAGAUAAGCCACAACAGGAAGCAAAGCGACACACAAACACACACGCACGGUGUGUUUGUGUGUCCGAGAGCGAGUGUGUGAACGGGAAAGAAAGAAAGGGAGGGAGAGUGACGCGGAGGCUGGGAGAGCCGCCCCCCUUCUCCUCUCCCUCUCUUUCUCUCCUCUCCUCCCCUCCUCCCUCCCUCCCUCCCUCUCUCUCUCUGUGGAGCAGGCGUGUAGCGGCAUCAGACUCCGCGUGAAGGAACCAUGAGCGAUGUCACCAUCGUUAGAGAGGGAUGGCUCCAGAAACGGGGUGAAUACAUAAAGAAUUGGCGGCCGCGUUACUUCCUGUUGAAGACAGACGGCUCUUUCAUCGGCUACAAAGAGAAACCUCAGGAUGCAGACCUGCCCUACCCCCUAAAUAACUUCUCUGUAGCAAAAUGUCAGCUGAUGAAGACGGAGAGGCCCAAGCCAAACACCUUCAUCAUCCGCUGCCUCCAAUGGACCACUGUCAUCGAGAGGACCUUUCACGUGGACUCACCUGAUGAGAGGGAUGAGUGGACGGAGGCCAUCCAGAUGGUGGCUGACAAGCUGCAGAGACAAGAGGAGGAAAGGAUCCAGUGCAGCCCGACCUCCAACAUCGACAACCUGGUCGAGGAGGAGAUGGACAUCUCCACCACACACCACAAACGCAAGACAAUGAAUGACUUCGACUACCUGAAGCUGCUGGGAAAGGGAACGUUUGGUAAAGUCAUUCUUGUUCGAGAAAAGGCCAGUGGGAAAUAUUACGCCAUGAAAAUCCUUAAAAAAGAAGUAAUCAUAGCCAAGGACGAAGUGGCUCACACACUCACAGAGAGCAGAGUACUGAAGAACACCAGACAUCCCUUUCUGACUUCAUUGAAGUAUUCAUUCCAGACGAAGGACCGCCUUUGUUUCGUCAUGGAGUACGUGAACGGAGGAGAGCUGUUUUUCCAUUUGUCCAGAGAGCGGGUGUUCUCAGAGGAGCGCACACGCUUCUACGGCGCAGAGAUCGUCUCAGCUCUUGACUACCUGCAUUCAGCCAAGAUUGUGUAUCGGGACCUCAAGUUGGAAAACCUCAUGUUGGACAAGGACGGUCACAUCAAGAUCACGGACUUCGGCCUCUGCAAGGAGGGCAUCACAGACGCUGCUACCAUGAAAACCUUCUGUGGUACCCCAGAGUACCUCGCCCCCGAGGUCCUGGAAGACAACGACUACGGCCGGGCGGUCGACUGGUGGGGUUUGGGCGUGGUGACAUACGAGAUGAUGUGCGGGCGACUGCCCUUCUACAACCAGGACCACGAGAAGCUGUUCGAGCUCAUCCUCAUGGAAGACAUCAAGCUGCCGCGCACGCUGUCCUCCGACGCCAAGUCUCUGCUGUCCGGCCUCCUCAUCAAAGACCCGAAUAAACGACUCGGUGGAGGACCAGAUGACGCUAAAGAAAUAAUGAGACACACGUUCUUCUCUGGUGUUGAAUGGCAGGAUGUCUAUGAUAAAAAGCUGGUUCCUCCCUUCAAGCCUCAGGUGACGUCAGAGACAGACACCAGAUACUUUGAUGAGGAGUUCACAGCCCAGACCAUCACCAUCACUCCACCAGAGAAAUUUGACGAGGACGGGAUGGACUGUCUAGACAACGAGAGAAGACCACACUUCCCACAGUUCUCCUACUCUGCCAGUGGACGGGAAUAGACUAUCCAUCACAGCCGCGGUCUAAGGUCACCACUGUGGGACAAACGGACCCAUAGCUUUGGACUGACCCAAAACCACACUGACUCGGAGGAUUUGCUCUUCUCCACCUUUCCUCCUCUUCCUCUCUUUUUCACCUCUCCAGGCCGCGUCUCCUUUUUUAUUUUUGUGAAUGCCUUUCUAGAAGGAACCUCCAGACCAAAUUUCCCUCUAAUCCAGCACUGCGACCCUGUGGUGUGACGUGAUCAGUUACUGUGUAAUGUCCCUUUAAUGUCAGGAGCGUUGCCUGUGGCCUGCUGUGCUUUGUCAUGCCUUGAUCCUGCCAAACUUAGAAAAUAAGCACCUCUGAACAGCUGAUGCUUUUUUAAACAGAUGUUUCUGUGACUUUUCUGUGUGAAGGAGAAACAGCAUUUUAAGUGAGUGAACUCGAAACUGCCGUCACUGGUUGUAUCUCAGGCUCUUGCAAACAGACGGAGAGUCUGAUGCAGAGUGACACUGGGGUCUGAUUUCAAAUCCUCAAGUAAUUCUGGGGUUGAUUGAGGCUGCCUGGUACUGAUAAACAGCAAACAGAAUCUUACACAGCUCAUGUUAUCAACGCAGGAUUUGACUCAGGUUUUGCUCAGUGCAAUUCAUUCUUGUUGUUGCUGCUAUUUUAACCACAUUACACAGGUACUAGUGCUACGACUAAAACCCGGUGCUACACUACUAGCUUAAAGCUGCAGGCCGUCACACAGGCGCCAGCCACACAUCAGCCACCUGUGUUGACGUCUGUGCUUGAACAGCUGCAGAACAGGUGUUGCUAUAACGUGUAAUGUACAGCUCCACAUCAACUCAGUAGUUUAGGAUGAUGGGAUGUCAAGUUUGUGUGUGUGAGGUCCUAUAAUCGGUUUGUGUUUAAGAUCGCACCUCAAAGCACAGCAGCCCAGAAGGCUGAAGCGCCCCAACUAUGAGCUUUACUACAUUUCCCAUAAUGCAGUGCAAGGUGGUCGCUUUAUUCAUCACUGCAGAGGUGAAAAUGAGAGAAACGCUGAAAGUUUUUCUUUCUUUCCCUUCGUUUUAGUCUCUUCUGCCCAAAGGGAAAUCAAAACUAUAACGGUACUUUGUGUUGAAGAAAAGCUUUACUGUGACAUAUUGUUAUCAUGGCUUUGGGAACCACACGACUGUACCUCUCUUUGUGCUUCACCACAGAGGUGGAACAAGAAGAAUAGAGAAUAGAGAGCGCGAGUUCAGGUGGAAAGCUCCGAAAAUGAUACGGUAUGAAAUAUUUAUAAUGUGAUCCUUUAUAACAUAUUGAUAUGAGUGAGGUUUAUGAGGAGGUAUGCAUCAGCAAUGAUGGGUUUACAUCACAGCAAUGGCUAGAAUGUAUAAGUUAAUUUAUUGUUCUACUCUUCAGUUUUAUAUUUAACUUUUUAUAUUGUCAUUGCAUUAUUAUAGCCAAAAAUAGAUUUUUCCUAGGCCUGAGAGGAAGAAGGCACCUCAAGAAACAAAAAUGGCUCAAAGAAUGUAGGAGGGAAAGCUCCUGCUUCCUGCUCCAUUGUUUAUUUUUAUGUUUUUGUAUUGUUUUGUGACCAAAAUGUGACGACAGAGAGGUGACGGGACGCGUUAAAGAAACGGUUCACUAUGAGCUUCACGAUAACUUCAAUUAGAAUUGAUUUAAUCACCUUUCCUAUGUUUACUAGGAAGCCUGACCACAUUAAUCAGAUUGAUGCUGUGUGUGAAGGCUGAGGCAGAGUUCACACAAGAACGAGGAAGUUGAAGUUGAGCGGAUAGGACUGAAUGUAAAGGGAUGAGGGAGGAAAAGGCCGAUGCUGAAGUGUGUUACUGUUUACGGUACAGUAAGUGUGUCGACAUAAAGUACAUGAGGAAGUUGAAAGAGAGCUAUGAGGAUAUUUAUAUGGAUAGAAACGUUCUAAAUGUGAGUUUAAGGCUAGUUUCUGCACUCUGCCGUCUUUGAGGUGUAACUGCCCUUCCUCGUCACGUCUUCCAGUCUAAACAACAUCAUCAAAAAUCCCCCCCAAGUUUUGUCUUCAAAUGCCGAGUAAGCCUUACGGUUCCGCUCAGAAAAAGAACGUUCACUUUGAAAUCCAGCACCUCACCGUCACAAUUAAAAAGAACAUCUCAAGCGCAUCAAAAAACAUUUAUCACGUGGAAGACGUCUACUUCAGUAUCUGGCUUACGAGCACCGGGGGAUGUGCUCUCAUUACGUACAAAACUGUAUUCCACUAUAUUUAUUUGAAUGUUUCUAUCAUUGAUGAUAACUUGAAUUUCUUUCUGUUUAAUUUAUGUCAUUUUGUUUGAGCAUAGCAGUAAAGGUGUGUAGUCAUGUUUCACUGCAGUUUAAGUCUUCAUAGACUGUUCGUUUCUUUUCUAUACAGAUCUUGUAUAAGACACAUCACCUGUUUUUACACUGCUCCACACACUUUCCUCUUGCACAACCAUUAAAUUGCUAUUAGCUAGCAAAGCUGCUUCAUGGCACAAAGUUGAAAAGGAUGGCGUUGGCUUGCAUGCUGUAGUCCUCCGUCCGCACCACCAGUCCCGAGUCAAAGUGGCUCGAAAAACUCGUAUGAAAAGUACUUCUGUGAUCGAUUGAGCCUGUCUGGCGCAGCUGAAGCUGCCGAAUAGUUCAAAAUGAGUACAAAUCCCACCCAGCUGGCACCUUCGACAGGCUCAAGCAAACACGCCGAAGUAUUUGGAAGGAUUUCAGCUUUGAUUUGACCCAGGUCUGUGAGCGACUGAGGAGUUCUAGCUGUAUGUGCACGCUUAACGCCAAAAUCAUUAGAAACCAGAGUUCAUAAAAUACUGCUUUGUAGCUUUGGCCACAGCACUUUCACAUCCAUCACUUUUUAUAUGAUUCAGAAGAAUCUGAUUCAGCUCUGCUUUAAAGGAAGAGUUUUAGCUUUUUUAUGUUUUUAAGAAAAUGAGGAUUUUUAAAGUACACACCCCCUCCACGUACAGCCACUAGUUCUGAUGUUGCUCUGAUAUCUAGACUUGGCAGGACCUGGCUGAUUGUGUCCCACAUGCCAGAGACGAGUCAGCGCUACCACUGCAGGUUUGGCUGUGAAUCAGGCUCGGUGGAAAUUUUCAGCAAAACGGUCAGUGUUUAUGAACUAUAAAAAAGAAAACUCCAAAGAUGUCGCUGAUUCCUACUCUUUAUUUAAAACGUUUUUGGUUACGUGACCCUCAGCUGGAGCCAGUAGUGAGGUCAGAGGUCAUAAAAGGUGGCAUCUAGUCAUCGUCCGUAUCAACGCAGAUUCAGUUAAACGUAUCUGGUGGCACGUGUCGGCAGUUUAACCGACAUUGUGAUUGUCAGUAAUAAACAAACAUUCUUGAACUGAAUGUGCGAAGUCAGUUGGAGCCUCCUUCCAGCUUCCGUGGUGCCCUCCACCGGUGUGAGUCCACAUCCAUAUCUGACACUGCUCGGACAGUGUUCACUCCUAAAGCUGCUGCUGUUUGUACUGUACAUCUAUCACACCACAGAUCUGGCUCCAGUAGCAUUUGAAUAAUAUGUAAAGUCCUCACAAAGACCUUAGCUGCUCUGUAUUGAUCCUGUUCGGUCCUAAUGAACCAACGGCGUCAGCCAAGAAUCACACACCGCGCUCCGCCUGGCAUUUAAUGGAUAUAAUAAGUAAACGGCUCGAGUGUUUGGAAGGAUUUCUGAAAGUGUUUGAUCUCAUGUCAGCAACAGAAUCCUUCCCUCUCCUCCCUGUGGUACUAGUCUACUAUCAUCAUGAGUAUUCACAUGAACAAGCAUGAGAUGCAUUUAUUUAUGACCUGCAAAUGUACAAAUAUUACAGAGUGUAACUGAGUUUUAACUUCAUGCCCAUCUACUGUAGCGUUACAGCUGUGUGAGUCAUUUCUGGACAGGUCCUCAUCCGUUUUCAGAGCAGGCCGCGCUUCCCUGGAGUCAGCUCUGCUGUACAGCACGUCAGUAGAGCGGAGCUGAUGUUGACUCUGGGACAGUGUUUGGGGAAACUCAGCAGAUCCAGGAAGAUUCACAGAAAAAACGAUUAAACAGCCUUCUCUGUCCCUCAUGCUGUCUGGAUGCAGUGGUGUUGGCUAGUGAUGCCGCGAGGAUGUGAAAACAACGAAUUACCAUCAACACGAAGCUGUUUUUUUACUCUGUACAUCCUUAGUAUUUUUACACAUAAAAUGUAUAUGAUAGGGAUGCACAUUAUUUUCCUUCUUACAGACAGCUUCAAUAAAGCACUAUGUCAAUCUGUC